GGUCGUAAUGACGUAUUUCUAUAUUAACUAAUUUACCUAAUCAUUAUUCGGUAAAUUAGUUAAUAUUAUGAUAAACAUUAAAGAACUAAUAUACUAUCUUUUGUUAUUAUUUCUUUAGAAAAAGAAUGAAGAAGACUUUAGACUCUUAUUUAUCUUCUUGGUUUUCUCGAAUCGGCAAAUUUGUCGGUGAAUAUCCUCAACAUUGCAUCGCUGCCACCUUAUUGUUUACCGUGAUUUUAGGAACUGGAUUUCUCAACUUUUCUAGAAUAAAGGAUUUAGAGUAUCUCUACAAUCCUAGGAACAGCAGAGUUUUGGAAGAUAGAAAAUUCAUCGAGAAUCUGUUUUCUAAUAGCUACAGGACCGACGAUGAAAUAAUUAGGAUGUCUACAUAUCAAAAUUUAAUUACGAUCAUUGUCUUAGCGAAAAACAACGGUUUCAUGUUGGACCCCUCUUCGAUAGAAGAUGUAAUCCAGAUGGAUGUUAUCAUUCGCAACAUCAGCAUCUUUUGGAAUAAGAAAUUCUACAGUUACCGAGAUAUUUGUAUCAAGAAUAAUCGUAACGAAUGCGCGAAAAACUUCGUUUCUUCCUUGAAAUACAUGAUGAAACAUCCUGGAAAGGUUUCCAUGAGAUAUCCAGUAGAACGAACAGGUUUUGAUGUAAAAAUAAACGCUAUGAACGUAGGUGGAGUAUCAACUAAUGACACUGGAUACAUCACGGACUUCAAGGCCGUUCGUCUCUUCUAUUUUAUGGAUUUCGAAACAGAAAAGAAGAAGCGAGUAGCUUUAAAGUGGGAAGAGGAAUUUUUGAAUAUAAUGACUCAAGUGGAAUUUCGACACAUCGACGUUUCCUUCUUUACUCUUCGCAGUGUCAAUGCCGAAGCUAACAGAAACACAGAACUGAGCAUUCCGCUCGCAUUUAUAAUAACUCCUAUAGUAAUUUUCUUUUCUGUGGCAAGUUGUAUGACGUUCGACAUCGUCAGCAGUAAACCGUGGAUUGGAUUAGCAGCAUGCUGUAGUCCCUUAUUAGCACUUAUAGCAGCAUUCGGUUUGCUACUACAUUGCGGAAUAGAAUAUUCUGACGUCAAUAUAACGAUGACAUUUCUUUUGUUAGGUAUUGGCCUAGACGACUCCUUUGUUUUGUUGGCUGCUUGGAGGCGAACGAACGUAAAAGACAGCACAAUACAAAGGAUGAGCCAUACAUUUUCCGAAGCGGGAGUGUCCAUCGCCAUCACUUCCUUGACUAACAUUGCUUCGUUUUGUGUUGGAAUCACUUCACCUUUUAGAGUCGUUCGUAUCUACUGCAUGUAUGGCGCUCUGUCUGUAUUGUUCGAUUUCGUCUAUCAAAUCUUCUUUUUCGGAAGUCUCAUGGCACUUGAUGGCCACCGGGAAAAACAUCGUCUCAAUCCUUUUCUCUGUUACACAGUGAAAGAAACACAUUUCGAUAACGAAACAUCCAAAGUCAGACAAGACGAAACCUACUCGAACAAGUGUGAUAGAGCCGUGAAAUACCUAUCUGAAAAACUGGGAAGUCUCCUCUGUAGAAAAUCAGUGAAAAUGCUAAUCGUAUUCAUGUUCGUAUGCAAUAUCGCAGGAAGUAUUUACAGCAUCAAAGAUAUGAAACAAGGACUGGACUUAAAAGAAAUCUUUCCAUUUUCUUCUCCGAUCACAAAAUUCAUAAAUAAUUACUAUUCGUAUUUUACAGAUUAUCCACACGUAAUACAAGUCGUUUUUAAUCAGACAUUAGAUUAUUCAAAUCCCAGUGUACAAGAAGAAGUAGAGAACAUCUUGUCAAUGGUUCAGAACGCUCCUUAUAUCAGUGGACGCGAACACUUUUUAUGUUGGAUACGAGAAUAUCUUUCUUUCAUUCACAAUAACGACUUAAAUUAUCUCAUGAAAGAUUUUAACACGAGCGAUUCACGAGGUUUCGUACAAGGAUUGAAACAAGUAUUUCUCAGAUUUCAGCCAGCCAUUCAAUUCCGGAAAGAUCUAUCUUGGGAUAGAGAGAGAAACCAAAUUGUAGCUUCAAGGUGUUUUGUUUCGUCCAAAGGCGUCAGAACCGGAACUGAUGAGAAAUUAUUAUUAGAAGGUUUACGUCAGAUUGCGGAUCGUAGCAAAUAUCGCGUAAUCGUAUACAACAUUUUAUUUGCUUUCUACGAGCAAUCUUUAAACUUGACGGCUAUCUGUUUGCAAAACGUGGGUGUCGCCGUCUUUGUAGUAAGCCUGAUAUUCCUCUUGAUGAUACAAGAUAUUCCUUGCACCGUUUGCGUGUCAUUAAACGUCGUCUGCAUUCUAGUAGAGACAAUGGGUUACAUGAAUUGGUGGCAUGUCAAAUUAGAUCUGAUGUCGGUCCUGAUUUUAAUGAUGAGUGCGGGAUUAUGCAUCGAUUUUUCGGCUCACGUGGCAUACGCGUAUAAGUGUUGCCAGAAGGAAUCUUCCGAAGAAAAAAUUAAAUAUAGUUUGAACGCUACGGGAUAUCCGAUAAUGCAAAAUUGCUUGUCUACCCUAUUGGGUGUCAUAGUUUUGGCAUUUGGACCUUCCUAUACUUUUGUGAUAUUUUUCAAAAUAAUCUUGUUGAUUAUGGUUUUCGCUGCUCUUAACGGACUGCUUCUGUUGCCAGUAUUACUGAUUAUUGGAGAAUCAAUUGUUGCUCCUUGGAAAAAGAAAAGUUUUCCAUUCUCCCAGUAAAAGUAAUUCUCACGUAAAAUUUGAGGUAACUUUAUUUUUGAAAGUAGCACAAAAAGUUGUUUGUUUCAUAAAAGUUUAUCAGUAUUUUAAAGUAGAAAUUUUCUUUAUAAUUAUAGCUUUUAAAAACAUCCAUGAUUAUCAAUUUUUAAGGUAUCGAAUGAAUGAUGCAAUUUAAAAUAUCAAUGCUUGUUUUAUUCGUGUGUUCGAUUAUAUCAAAGAGACGUUAUUUCUUAUUCUUUCUCCUUCUUCUAACGAUUAAAUUUCAUAGAUUUUGAAUACACAUUCUGGUCCAUUUGCCUGACGACUAUCAUUUACUUUAUCGAUAGUUCUUCCAUUUACUCUUGUAAUUUUUGUAGUUUGUUUAUUAUUAAAUAACAUCACAAGACAGUAGGCUUUUUUAUUAAAUAAUUGUCUAUUAUUAUUUACUCAGAAAUAUUAUCUCUCAGACGAACACUUUUAGUUUCUGGUAAUGGAAAGAUGCAUGUUUCAGCCAUAAUAGUGAAUAAUCCUGUGAUAACCAACUGUACGCUCCUAGUCACCUCUUCGCUUUGUAGCAAAUCAUAUGCUGUAUUAUAUGAAUUUCUGAAAGCUUAAAAUCGAAAAAAUGUAACACAUGAUUUUAAAUUUUAAUCUCUUUUAACGUGAAAUGACUUUAGACGUGGUAUUUCGGAUAAUUUCUUUGUUCCAAAUUCUCUACAAGGGUUAAUGUAAUCUGCCACAAUAUAAUGAAAACGAUUCAGUCUACUAGAAAUCUUCCUUAGUAUAGCGUAGUAAUCGAAAUAUAACUGCAGAGAUGACUCUCUCAUUUUGGAACAAAGUAUAUUCUUUACAAAGUUAUAAAAAAUUCAUUUAUUCUUUUACUAUAUUACUG